AUCACUUUCUUCCCAUAGUAAUGGUAGAAAUCUCUCAAUAAUCUCUCAAAGAUUAAAAAAAUGCAUUCAAUCGAUGUACUGAAACCAGUUAUAACAACGAAAUUUGCUCUAAAUUUGACGGAUAAUCGCAAGGAUUUGUGUACAUAUGGUAGAUUUAGGGUUCUAUAUCAGAAUCCUUUCAUUACUCUUUCAAAUACAUCGACAUGGAUCCAACCGAUUGUUCUUGGAAGACGUGACCUAUGGAGAGGGUUUGUCAGGAAUCAAGGCGGUAGAGAGAGUAGAAUCCGAGCUAAUAGUUCAUGCGAGCAAGAUACGGAAGAGAAUAACGAAGCUAAUGGCGGUGGCGAGAGUAAAGGAGUGAAUAAGAAUUCUCCGCCGCGGAAGGGAAAGGGAGGUUGGUGGAAAGGUGAGAAAUGGAGGUGGCAGCCAAUUAUUCAGGCACAGGAGAUCGGUAUGCUUUUGUUACAGUUAGGGAUUGUUAUGUUCUUUAUGCGGAUUCUUCGGCCUGGAAUUCCUUUACCAGGGGCUGAGCCGAGGACGAUGACGAGUUAUGUUAGUGUGCCGUAUAGUGAUUUCUUGAGUAAAAUUAAUAGUAAUCAAAUUCAGAAAGUUGAGGUUGAUGGUGUUCAUAUUACAUUUAAAUUGAAGUCGGAAUCAAUUAAUGGGGAAAUUGAGGUUGGAAGCACUAAUAAGUUGCAGGAUUCGGAGUUGAUGUUGCGAAGUGUUGCUCCUACUAAGAGAAUCCUUUAUACAACUACUCGUCCAAGUGAUAUUAGAGCUCCUUAUGAUAAGAUGCUUGAGAAUGAUAUUCAGUUUGGGUCCCCGGACAAGAGGUCCGGUAGCUUCGUCAGCUCCACUUUGAUAGCUCUAUUUUAUGUUGCUGUACUUGCAGGACUUCUUUAUCGCUUCCCUAUCAAAUUUACACAGCAUUCAGCUGGGCAGCUCAGGACUCGAAAAUCUGGGACUGGUGGAGGAAAAAUGUCUGAACUGGGUGAAGCUAUCACAUUUGCUGAUGUUGCAGGUGUGGAUGAGGCUAAAGAGGAGCUAGAAGAAAUUGUGGAGUUCCUUAGGAAUCCAGACAGAUAUAUUAGACUUGGUGCACGACCUCCUCGAGGUGUCCUUCUGGUGGGUCUGCCAGGAACAGGGAAGACGCUUUUAGCCAAGGCUGUAGCUGGGGAAGCCGAUGUUCCUUUCAUAAGUUGUUCCGCAAGUGAAUUUGUAGAACUGUAUGUUGGAAUGGGAGCAUCUCGUGUUAGAGACCUCUUUGCCCGAGCAAAGAAGGAAGCACCUUCAAUAAUAUUUAUAGAUGAGAUAGAUGCUGUAGCAAAAAGCCGUGAUGGCAAAUAUCGUAUUGUCAGCAAUGAUGAGCGAGAGCAAACCUUGAACCAGUUGCUUACGGAAAUGGAUGGUUUUGAUAGCAGCUCUGCUGUAAUAGUACUUGGAGCAACUAAUAGAGCAGAUGUACUGGAUCCCGCUCUUCGCCGACCAGGCAGAUUUGAUCGUGUAGUUAUGGUUGAAACCCCUGAUAGGAAUGGGAGAGAAGCCAUAUUGAAAGUACAUGUUUCAAAGAAAGAACUUCCUCUAGGCGAGGAUGUUGAUCUUUCUGACAUAGCUUCUAUGACAACUGGUUCUACAGGGGCAGACCUAGCGAAUUUGGUAAAUGAGGCUGCUUUACUUGCUGGAAGACAAAGUAAGAUUGUAGUGGAGAAAGCUGAUUUUAUCCAAGCUGUGGAACGAUCGAUUGCGGGAAUUGAGAAAAAGACUAUGAAGUUGCAGGGCAACGAAAAGGCUGUGGUUGCACGGCAUGAAGCUGGUCAUGCCAUUGUAGGGACUGCUGUUGCUAAUCUUCUGUCUGGUCAGCCACGUGUUGAGAAGUUGAGCAUAUUACCGAGGUCUGGAGGGGCAUUGGGUUUCACUUACUCGCCUCCCACAAAUGAAGAUAGAUAUUUGCUGUUUGUGGAUGAGUUGCGAGGGCGGUUGGUGACUCUCCUGGGUGGACGUGCUGCUGAAGAGGUUGCUUACUCGGGGCGUGUUUCAACAGGUGCAUUUGAUGACAUUCGUAGAGCAACAGACAUGGCAUACAAGGCAAUAGCAGAGUAUGGUCUUAAUCAGGCUGUAGGACCUGUUUCAUUAACAACAAUCUCCAGUGGUGGGAUGGAUGAUGGUGGAUCUUCCCCGUGGGGAAGGGAACAGGGGCACCUUGUUGAUCUUGUUCAGAAGGAAGUUAAAUCACUCCUGCAAUCUGCACUCGAUGUAGCACUUUGUGUUAUUCGAGCUAAUCCAACUGUCCUAGAGGGGUUGGGGGCUCAUCUGGAAGAAAAAGAGAAAGUGGAAGGGGACGCUCUGCGGGAGUGGCUGAAGAUGGUGGUUGCUCCAAAAGAACUCGAAGUCUUUAUAAGAGGGAAACAAGAUUCCCUCUUCCCUUUGCUAUCCGAUUCCUGACAGUUUCCUCAACCUCAAGUGAUAAAUCCUCGAAAUCAUCAUCCAUUUUGAUGGCCACCACCAUUAGCGGUUAUGGCUCAACCCCACUUCAAACUCAUAUUGCAAAGGUGGCAGAAACCCCACUCUGUUGCUGUUACUAUUUUGAGAUAUCAGCAGGGGAAGGGCUAAUACAUCAUAAUACAUGGAUUGUGUAAAUAUGAUAUUGAUUUCAUCACAAAACAAUGUUCAUAGAAAUGGUUAUUUGUAUUGUGCCAAAAAGCUAGUUGUUAUCUGGAUCAUAUAUUUAAAGAAUAUUUGUGAUUUGGCAGUUCAAAUGUGCAAAUAAUGCCUUUUCAUUUUC